CAAAAAUGAAGACACCCAUGAUCACAUCAGCUCUUGGAACAUUUCAGCCUUGGUGAUUGCAAACGGAUACACUUCAGUUCUGUUAAUCCACAGGCCUUCAAACUCCCAAGAGGUGAGCAGAGGAUUCUGGCUGUUACCGACAUGAACGCAGAUGUGCUGCACUUCAAAAGGGUUUCGUUUUUGGGGGCGGCCCCACCCAAUCGAAAGAUCAUGCUACAGGCUGGUCAAGUUCCAUCUUCAGCAGUUCUUUUUCUGUGAGAUCUUGAGCCAUGUUGCCCUGCAACCAGAGUGGAAGCCCGUUACUGAUUUACAUGCAUCUUCUGGAAAUAGCAGGCAACAGACAAGAGGAAAGCCCUGGAGGAGACCAUGGCUUACAGUGCCCAGUCCUUGGCUAGCGUCGCAUACCAGAUCAGCAAUCUAGCCAGCAACGUCCUCCAACUGUUGGACCUGCAUGCAAGUGAACUCCACCAGGUGGAAGCCAGCGUCUGCUGCAUUGCGCAGAUGGUGGACGUGCACAAGGAGAAAGUGGCUCGUCGGGAGAUUGGAACGCUGACAGUCCGCAAGAGGCCCCUCCACUACCAGAAAAUCAUCUAUCCAACAUACCAGGAACCCUUGGAAGCUUACUACAGGAAACCCCUCAACUUCAGCGUCCUGGAUGACGUCGGUCAUGGGAUAAAGGACCAGAGCACGCAAUUGUCACGAACGGGAACCUUGACUCGGAAAGGAUCUAAGACAUCAUCUGGACAGUCAAUGGGCACCCUGGGGAAAAACCCUCGAAUCCCAGAGCCCAUUCAACUGCCUGUGGUUCCAGAAGGCAAACUCUCAGCAGCGUCCUCCACAUCAUCUUUAACAUCCCUCAGUUUCAGUGGAGCAGCUGGCAACGUCAAUGCCAAGGUGCCUGUCGCACAACCUAUGCCGCCCUCAGUGCCUAUCCCGGUGCCUCCUCCAUUGGACAUAGACACAAUGCUUCCCCCUCCCCCUCCGCCUCCUGUAGACAUGCCCGAACCGCCACCCAUCGGUUUCGAGAUGCCGCUCCCAGAUGUCCCUCCACCAUUCUCCACGCCAGGGGCUGACUUCCUGGAGCCCCCCCCUCCGCCUCCUCCAAGCUUGACGGAGUUUGAAGAUUUUGCCCCUCCUCCUCCUCCCCCGCUGGAUACAGAGGAACCUGUGUGGGCGCCAGACAGCUACUUGGAGAAAGUGGUGACCCUCUACCCCUACACUCAGCAAAAGGAGAACGAGCUCUCCUUCCCAGAAGGGGCCGUCAUUUACAUGACCCGGAAGCACUCGGAUGGUUGGUGCGAGGGCGUGACCAGCGAGGCAGAGGGGUUCUUCCCAGGCAACUACGUGGAACCUUUCUGCUGCUGACCUCGCGUGGAUGCAGGAGAUGACACCACUGAGGACUAGCAGAAGUUUUUCUCCUUCACCCUCCCCCAGCCUUGGGGUUAAUGGAGCCCAUUCUCUCGGCCAAACCAGUGAGGCCACCUCCAUCCCCCUAGCUCUGGCCACGGAAUUUAUCACUAUCCAUUUACAAUCCAGAUUGAUCAGAUUCUAGAUUCCCCCAUUCCCCCUCCUGGGCUAGGGCAAAGACAAGCCGAAGUCCCUGGCAGAAAGCACCAGGGAAAGGGAGCUCUCCGAACCCAAGACUUCUCAGGAGCAGCUUUGGAGGGCCAGGAAAGUGCCCUGCUUUGGCACUGCUACUUUCAGGUCAAAUCUUAGGCCCCCAGAGCUCAGUGGGAGUUUUGCCAUUGUUUACCCCCUGGGGACCAGGAUUGAAGCCUUUAGCAUGGAAUCCCUUUGCUUGAGGCUUUGAUUAUUCUCAGCUCUUAUUUCCACCCCCUAAACGUGCACCAUGAUCAGAGGAUCCUCUUCCAGGUUCCACAGGGAGCCUGCAGCCAGUCCCUCCCUCCCACCCACCAGACUGAAUGCAGCUGAGCAGCAGGAUGCUGUUGACUAGCUGGGAAGGUAGGUGUGUGGAGGGCUCCGAGAUUCCCAAUGCUCAGGGCUGUGCUCCAAGCCUUCCACACUCCUGACUCCUGCAGUAGCUUAGAAGGUGCUUAGCAGACUCCAGUGGGUCUGGCAGAGCCUUUUCCCCACCGCCUGGGACAGUGCUGCCCAAGCCCAGAAGUAGCAAUGGGCAAGAGAUCGAAUCCCAGCUCCGACAGUCAUAUCUGGUGACCUGGAGGAAGUCCAGUUUCUCUAUUUGGAAACCAGGCACAGUGCUUCCCUGCCUCGCAGGGCUGCAGUGGAGAUUAAUGUAGGUGCAUGGAGAGCCAUCAGCACAAAGCGUGAUGGCAGAGCGGCCGUGCCUCACCCGGCAGAAGCCUAGACAGGCAGAGACAUGAGAAAUGGAGAAUUAACUGCAGAAGGUGGUUGGAAGAUAGGAUGUUUUGCAAGGAGCUUUGGCAAUGAGACUAAGUUGUACAAACCAGAGCCAGUGGAUCCAGGCUCAGAUGCACGGGAAUAGCCCACUUGUUUCCUGCUGUGUAACGAUACAGAGCCAUGUAGCACCCUAUCAGGUUGCUGCUUGGGGUAUUAUGAGCCUUGUCCGCAAAAUGCAAAUGUCAGCAGAGCCGCAGCUUCUGCUUUGCCUCCUGCGAGUCUUUACUAAAAAUGGCAGCUGAUUGCCUUGAGGUGUGGAGUGAGUGAAAGGCAGCUCUGCCUCUGGGCCCCACCCAGGGCCUUGCCCCAGGGAAUUUUUGUGAGCAACCUGGGCGCGCUGAAUCCGCCGUGAGGACCCGCCUCGCUGAUGUCUCGCGGCACAUUGGAAGUAGAAAGGGAGGCUCAUUGGACCUGGACCCCUCUAAUGCCAGGUGCUGCUGAGACCAUUAGUAAGCAGGUCCUCUGCUGCGUGCCCUUGCUCAUGCCUCUCUGCAUCCCAGCUCCCUCACUGCUUAGAUAAAGGUGCCCACUUUUAAUAAAGAGUUUUAAAAGCUUGUGCCUCCCCUGGCUGUAGUGGAUGGGUGGGAACGUCAGUUGCAGGCUCGCCGCUGCUGAAACGUCCCAGCAAUGUGCCUGGAAAUGAGGGAGUUAACGUACCUGCAAUACCCUUUGUAAUUUUGAAGGCGAGGUUUCCAAAGUGGAGAUAGUGGAUCAGUGGUGGUUUAUGGUGCUGGCUCUCCAUCUUGUUGCCAGCUGCUAAAUUGCAGACAAAAAUAAUGAUCUUUGGGCCCUUUAAAGCCUCCUCAGAGAUCAGCUGGGUGUUGAGGGAGGGGAAUUAAUCAUACACCUCCCAGCUGGGUGUGGGAAUGGCAAAGGAGGGAGAAGGAAUCUUCCAAACAGCUGGCUGUAUUAUCUGCUGCCAUAGGCCCGCUCUGUAGACCUACUCAGUCACUUCGCCCUUGUCCUGUUCUAUUUACGCCCUCUGCUUCACAAUGAGAAAUUGACAUUUGUCCGGGAGCUUGGGUAGGUAAGUGGUGAAGGGAAACGUGGGGGAAAGGAUAAACUCUGGAGUCUACUUUGCCUAAGAGCAGUCAACAGGAAAACUCCCCCAGAAUCAACAGGUGACCAACAGUUACAUCAUCAUCAGGGUAAUGUGCAAUGUUUGCUUUUGUCCUAGCUGUAGCAGCUUGGGGCCCCACUCAGAGACACUCCCGCCCGCUCUGAAGUCAAGUGGUUACAGGACUCAGGCCCUUGCUAACACCUGGGUGGGUGUGGGGUAGCGUUUGAAUGAACAGCAUCAUUGCGAGGAGUCAGACUCCACAGGAAAAGCCAGUGGCUGAGGGAAGUGGAUUAAACCUUCAAACUGCCAUGUUUAUAUCUAAUGGGCCCAGUGCUAAUACACACCUACCCUUCCCUUCAUGAGCGUAUUUGCCUCUGCACCUGCUAAUUAAACCCAUUUUACAGAGGGAUCUAAUGAAUAAGCCAAAGUCCCAGUGAGCCAGGAACAGAUCUCAUCAGAGGCCCUGCUGCCUUUUCCUGGACCACAGCAGCUCAGUCAACAUACUCCUGGUGAAGCCUGGUAGUUAAGACACAGGACAAAUGCUUAGCCUGAACUGGUGUAUAUGGGGCCAGCAUCCAGUGCCCAAGGGGGGGGAGAUACUAGAUACCACAAGAGCUCUUCCUAAGCUAGUACACUCUGGUUUCUGGCACCAGGAAACCUUGUUUGCUCCCCAUUCCUCCCCUACAGAACAAACCACACACACACACACCAGCCUACCUUCCUUCUACUGCCUCUUGGGCAGCAGCCCAUCAAAGACACGAGUGGCAGGGGCCGGAGACUGCACAUGUGUCUUCUCCAAGUACCACUCCUGCUGCUUUCCGCAGCCCCAGGGAAAGGUGAGAAAGUGAAGUCACAGACCUGUAGUCGCCCAGGCGUGUGCAUAUAGAGAUAUAUAUUAAUAUAUUUAUGAUCGUUAGGGGCAGGUGGGGGUGUUCAUUUAAAUGUCCACAUCAAAAUACAUGUGCACCAAAUUCCAGACAAAUGUUUCGUACCUGCUGUUGAUAUUUACUAGAUAACGUUCGAUUUAAAAAAAAAAAAUUUCCAUGGCUUUAAGUUCCACACGAUUGGAGGGAGGAAGAACAAACAAACAAACUGCGAAGAGGAGAGCAAGCUGCUGCGGCUUUGGUUAGUUCUGUACUGGCAGAGUUUGGGUCAGGGCUAUAUGCUUUGGAGUAGACAGGCUGCAGUUCGUCCCAGUCGAAGCCACCCUCGAGGGUAGUUAAUACGGUGGUUGCCCAGGGAGAGAAUACUGACGAGGAGAGUGGAGAGAGGCUUUGAUCCUCUAGCCGUCUGGCCCCCAGGGGGUGCUAAGCACCACAGCUCCCCUUGCAAUCAGUGGGAGUUUCAGCACCUCCCAGGAUCAGGCCAA